AUGGCCUACCAGCUGGUAUCUCUAUACGAUCACACCAACUUCUUCAACCAAUUUACCUUUUUCACCGCUUCCGAUCCAACCCAUGGCUAUGUCCAAUACGUGGACGCCAAUACAGCUCAGGCAUCUGGUCUCGCACAGAUGGUCAAUACCAAUCAAAUCUACCUUGGAGUCGAUAAUGUGACAAUUCUAAACUAUCCAAACGGCAGCAUAGUUACAGACAGUGACGAUUCAGCUAGCAUCGCUAAAGCCGGCCGGAAAAGUGUCCGCCUUGAAAGUCGGCAGACCUUCGAUCAGGGUUUGCUCAUCGCUGAUUUUGCGCACAUACCCAACAGUAUCUGUGGGACAUGGCCUGCAUAUUGGAUAUAUGACUAUGGUGAAGAUCCAUACGGCGAGGUUGAUAUCAUUGAAGGUGUUAAUGAUCAGGUUGGGGACGAUAUCAGUUUGCACACGAGUGCUCGAUGCAAUUUGACUGCCGACCCGCAGAGUGAGACUGGAACAAAUGUGAGAACAGACUGCUCACUUGCGACAAACUAUAUUGAUGGGUGCGGCGUAUCCGGUCCGUCGAAUACCUAUGGAGAUCCGUUCAAUGCGCAAGGCGGAGGGGUUUGGGCGUUGUGGCUCGAUAAAGAUGACCUCGCAGUUUGGAUGUUCCCUCGCACAGCGAUCCCGGAUGACAUUAUCAAAGGACAAGAACUGACACCUAAGAACUGGGGCAAACCACUCUUGCAUUUCAAAUCUCACCUUGGAUGUCGUGUUUCGGAGCAGUGGAAGAAUCAAACAAUCAUCUUCAAUAUCGACUUCUGCGGCGAAAAUGCCAGCGGCUCAAACUGGAAUGAGUCAGCGAGCUCCUCUGCACCACAAAGUUGCGCUGACAGCACAAAAUACUCCUCCUGUGAAGCCUAUGUUGCCGCCAAUCCUCGGGUAUUCUCCAAUUCCUACUUUCUGAUCAACUCGGUCAAGCUGUAUCAGUCUCGAAUCCCGCUGGCGGCGCAUGAGAAUUCGUCCAACGGCGCUGUAGGCGCGCGGGGAUCGCCAGGUUAUAUCGCCUUGUGGUUGAUGUUGGCAUGGUCACUUGUCGCCCAUUGGGUUUUUCAUCUCUCCUGA